GUAAAUCACAUGACUUCUGCUUGGAUCAUUUAUUCUAGUCUGUUUGUAUGGAGUAGAGACGCCGGCUUCUACUCGGUAGAAGUAAUCCUUACUGUAGUGUUUUAGUCUGUUGUUACACUUGAUCAGAGACAGGUCAAAAAGCAAGAUAACUUUUACUAUGUCUAACGAAGGAACACCAGAUGGCCAAAUUGGAGAAGCUCUCUUAAUCAGGGUGGUUAAGGAUCAGAUGGUGAACGCGAUUAAAGGAGGAAGCGUCUCUGUUCCAAGCCUUCCAGACGUUCAACCUUUACCCAAUGUGCAGCAUCAGAAUCUGUUGGAUCAGCUGGCACAGUCAGUUAAAGUGAUCGGUGACCAGCUUAAUCAGGAACAAAACUUUAAUCACCAGAUCGAUGGUUUAGCACGUCUGGGUGAUAGGAAGAUUUUUUCAAAGCUUGUGGAGGGUGUCUUCAGUGAUGGACAGAUCAACUGGGGAAGAAUCAUUGUGCUGUACUACGCAGUAGGAAAGCUGGCUGUAAAGAUGGUACUGGCUAACUUGCCCAGAGUGUUCUCGGAACUACUGGAUUCAUGUUUGGAUUUCUUCAGGACGAAGCUUUUGGUAUGGAUUUGCAAAAUGGGCGGAUGGAUCAGCAGCAUUUCAGCACUGACCCAGUUCUCUAUUGAGCAUAUCUCUGCUUCCUCCUUCUGCACCAUCCCAUCUGCUGAACUUGUCGUGGCCUUCGUCUGUGGCAUUCUGUUGGGUAGCGCCAUUGUCUGGAAACUCAACAGAAGCAGCUAAGAGAGAGAGAGACGGAGAAAGGAGAGAAGAGAGGCGGGCUGGAAGACAACAAACUGGAUGCACUGUGAAAAAUGAAAGCUUUUAAUGUGUUUAUAAAAAUGUGAUAGUUCCAGGUCUUUCUACAGUUUAGUACUUUAAGUAUAAAUAUUUAAUUCUAUUAAAAGUUUUAUUCUGUAGUCUAGAAUGUUUGCAGCCUACAGCAAAGCAGGAACUGUGUACAUUUAGGAAGCAUUUGGUAGUUUUUGGAACCCUCUGCUGCCUGCAAGACAAAUUGCAGUGAAACUGCACUGAAAACCUUGACUGGCCUUUUCCGUUUCCCUAACCCACAGGUUCCCAAUCCUAUUCCUGGAGUACUAAAUGUCCUGCACAUUUUAGUGUUUCCCUGCUCUGACACACCUAAUCAGCUCAUUACCAACCCUUUUGAGUUGAACUGGGUGUGUUAGAUAGUAGCGGUUCUAGACCCGUUCAGUAGGGGGGCCAGGCUGGGGCCAUUCAAUCUCUUAAAGGGGCCAAUUAGACUUUUUGUUCAAAAAUGUCUUUCUUCGCCAAAAAUUACAAUGCACAAUGGUAUACAAAUGUGAUAUUUUGAACAGCAUUACAUGGCUGAGUUAGAAUUACACAAUGAAAGUAGUAUGCUGGGAUAGACCAGGUAGUUGUAAAACAUUUUGCUUACCUUUAUUUCUUCUCGCUGUCUGGUUUGUUUGUUUGUUUGUUUGUUUUUUCUAGUGUCAACCGGGCUGUGUUCCACUUCCUUCAAACUUAACUAAGUGGAAAAAAUACCCUUGGAGACUUGGCCCACUGAACUAAGGUUUCAGACUAGAUUUUUUUCUCUUUAUUUUAUGCCACUGUAUGACCAGAAAAAGCAAACAGGCUUUUGCAUAAUAAAUAUCUCCGAUUCGAUCCACUCCAUAUUUAAAGGGGCUGCAGGAGGGAGCUCAUGUGUCCAACCACCCCACCCCCCAUCCCACUUCUCCCCAAAACUGCCUAUGGUACUAGAGCAGGGAAAAUAGGACAGGGGGUGCUCCAGGACCAGGGUUGGGAACCUGUACCUAUACCUCUGUAGAAACUACACAUGCCUCAUGCGUCAAGAGGAAAAAGGGGUUAUGGUUAGGGUUAGUUAGUUUAGGGGCGUGGCUGAUAACCUGCCUGGAAACUAAGGUAUCUCAGAAAUUAUAUGCCUAUAAUAGUUCUAGAAACUCUUCUAAACAUUAUAAACUGCACAAUUAAUAGUUCUAAAUAUAUCUACAAAGUACUAGAAUAUAAAGGUUACACAGACAUCUGGAAAUGUCAUUAUUAUUAAGAAUUUAUAUUUUUACUUUAGAAUUAUUUUAUCAGUAACGCAUUGUGCACUUGUAAUAACAAAUGUACACAAAGACUUUUCUUUUGGCAAAUGAAUCAACAGCAAGAGUGACAUUGGAUUAUUAUUGUACAGUAGGAAGUGUAUUAGUGAUAUUUUGUUAUACACAUUACCUCUGUAUAUUUUUUCAUAGCUUUCAUGUAGUAAGCAUGUAACACCUCUACCUCAGCAAUAAGCAGUGCUGUCACUUAAUUAUCCAAGUCACUCCAAAACUUUUUUUAAUCUGAAAAAUUGAUAAUGUUUCUAUCAGUUUUGUGCUGAUGAAGAAACAUAAUAUAAAAUAUUAGAUUCAAUUCAAUUCAAUUAUUCAAUUCAAUUCAAUUGUAUGUAUAUAAUGCUUUUAACAAAGGUUCUCACAGAGCAGCUUCACAGAUAUUCAGAGACAGACAUCGAUUUAGAUUUAUCCCUUAUGAUAAUAUAUAUUACAAAUAGUUCUUUCAAGCAGAAUUUGAUAAAGUGUCUUAAGUACAGUGUGCCUUGUUAUUUAUUGCCACCAUAGUUUACAAUAAUGAACCCAAAUCUGCUCCUGGUUUUUUUGUUGCUGCAGAUCUUGGGUAAAUCACAGGAUCAGGGAUGGACACUCUUCACUUAAGCAAUACUUGACAACUCAGGAAAAAAAAAAAAAGAAUUGUUUUGCAAUAUAUGGAGUUUUAUAGCAAUGCUGGAGAUGUUUUCAAUAAAGGUUUAUUGAUUAUAGUA